UCGUUGGCGUCAAGCACAUCCCAGCCAGCAUGGCAGCAUCAUGGAGGCGUACCGCUACUGGGUGUGUUCGCAGCUCUUCCCUUACUACGUCGACGGCACUAGGGUUAAACCUUGCCGACGUUUCUGCCACGAGGUAGAGCAGAAGUGCCCUUACUUCCUCCCGAAGGCCAAGCCUGUGGCCGGGGAACCUACCUUCCUGUGUCAGGACCCGAAGAUUAGGGAGCUGGAGGAGCAGGAUUCAUCCUACGGUCCUGACUCCUGCUGCUACCACACCUGCCCUCCUCACCAGGUGCUGGGAUACGUCAAGGAGGUGCCAGAACACCAGCCCCUUCCAGCCCUCUGUUCCACUUGCCCCACCACCACCACCGCCACCACCACCACCACCACCACCACAACCACCACCACCAGCUCCACCAGUGGUGACAGCACUUCCCCAUCGCCCAUCCCUCCACACCCAUCAAACAACCAUAAGGCCAAUCACUUACAGUGUCUUUCAGCCAGCGAUGCCGACUCAUGUUUACUGCAGUCAGCCCCUAGCCCCGUACCUUCCUUACGCAGUGCUGGCUCCACAACAGUUAUACCCAGAAAACAAUGUUGGACUCGUGUAACGUUAUAUAUAAUAUUGUUAUAUUUAGUGCGAUCUCGCGUAUUGCUGCCCAGAGGGUUCACCUAGUGUAUGGCGUCCAGUUCGUGUGUGUGUGGGCGUGGGUGUGUGGGCGUGGGUGUGUGGGCUUGGGUGCGUGGGCGUGGGUGUGUGGGUUUGGGUGUGGUGUGUAUGUGCGUUUACUGUGUGUUACGGCCCCUUACUCCUCCUUAUCCUCCUGUUACCGUUGAACCAGCGCCUUUCUUUUGACGAGUCAGUAUCCCCUUGUGACGAGUCAGUAUUCCCCAUCUGUGACGAGUCAAUAUCCCCCUGUGACGAGUCAGAAUCCUCCCUGUGACGAGUCAGUAUCCCCCUGUGACAAGUCAGUAUUCCCCAUCUGUGACGAGUCAAUAUCCCCCUGUGACGAGUCAGAAUCCUCCCUGUGACGAGUCAGUAUCCCCCCCCCCUCUAUGACGAGUCAUUAUCCCCCCUUGGGACGAGUCAGUAUCCCCCUUCGGUUAGUUAAUACCUUCUUUGCUGAAUCAACGUUUCCUCUAUCACUGACAUCCCCCAUCAGUGUCACCUCAUCAAUAUCGCCAUCAACGUCAUCCCGUCACUGACGCCUCAAUAACGUAUACUUCCAGCAUGACUCAGUGAUGCAAAUGAGGAAAGUAACCGUGACCUGUCCUCCUUCCCCCAACUCCCCCUCCCCCUCCUCCCUCCCCCCCUACUCCCCCUCCACCACUCCCUCUCCUCCCCCAACCAACCCAUUUAGAUGGUGCGGGAAUUUCGUAUUUGCUACAUACACGAGAGUAAGAGAGAGAGAGAGAGAGAGAGAGAGAGAGAGAGAGAGAGAGAGAACAAGUAAAACAUAUCGUACUGAGGCUACCAGACACUCAUACACUGUGCACUGUAACCGAUAACAUCCAAGUUCUUCUUGCCACGACCUGAUCAAGAAUUUAAACUUUUUCGUGUCUUAUAAUUAACGGAAUCAUGCAGCUCCUUGGCCGGGCAGUGGCACCGAGGCAGUGAUCGGGUGCCAGGCACUCACUCCACCCUUAAAAAAAAAAAGUAGGGUCAACACACUGAACAAUAGUGCCUGGUUGCACAAGGAACCUGACUUUUCACGCCAGUGGUUACUUGGGUAUUAGUGAGAAGGACUUCAGAAUUUAGGUCAAUCAGUGCGUUCUAGAAGGAUUGACUCAGCAAGAUAGAAGAGGAGAGACGGCAGCAUCAGCAGCAUCACCGACCCUGGGCACUGAAGACUCAACAACAUAGUGUGUAUAUUCUGCAUGAUGGUUCCUCACCCUCGGGCGGUCCCCAAAUUCCCCAAAAUUCAGCCUCACUCUCGCCUCCCAGUAUUUGUUAUACUCCCAGAUAUAUUUUUAGAAUCAUAGCUGUGUUGGAUAACUAUAUUAAAUGGAAAACAAAAGGGGGAGAAUAUACCAAAAGGUUCGCUAAAAGUAACUAAACAAGGUUGAGGGAACCGCUAACAUACCAACCACAAGGUACGUGCUAUAAAGUUCUGUCGACUAUACGCACACGUUAUAUCUCUCACUAGAUAUAGAAUUGUGGCGAUUUAUAUUUAACUAUUUUUCCUAAAACAUAUACUGUAUAAGCUAUAUAAUAUUUUUGAUAGAUUCUUCCGCGAAGAAGCUAUUGACUCUCCUCCAGUCUCUGUUUACAACUCAGAAUUAGCGAAGGUUCCACAAUCCUGAUGUGACCUUGGGAAGAACAAGAUUUUGGGUAAUUUUAAGGUAUUGAUUAAGUAUUUUGUUUCAUGUUUUGCCCUCAUCAUCAAAUGUAUUUAUUAAAGAAAAUCUG